AGCUGGGUCUUGUGGGUAUGGCUUUUUGGACCUCAGAGACUGCCCAGACUGCAUCGAUUUAUCCAAGCUUUCUGUGUUCUUCCUCAGACUGAGCUCACAUUUCCAUCCAGGCCAACGGGACCAUGUCUACCAGCCUGACCACUUGUGAGUGGAAGAAAGUCUUCUAUGAGAAGAUGGAGGUGGCAAAGCCAGCUGACAGCUGGGAACUCAUCAUAGACCCCAACCUCAAGCCCAAUGAACUGGGCCCAGGCUGGAAGCAGUACCUGGAGCAGCAUGCCUCAGGCAGGUUCCACUGCUCCUGGUGCUGGCACACCUGGCAGUCCGCAAAUGUGGUCAUCCUCUUCCACAUGCACCUCGACCGUGCCCAGCGCGUUGGUUCGGUGCGCAUGCGCGUGUUCAAGCAGCUGUGCUACCAGUGCGGCACCUCACGGCUGGACGAGUCCAGCAUGCUGGAGGAGAACAUCGAGGGCCUGGUGGACAACCUCAUCACCAGCCUGCGCGAGCAGUGCUACGACGAAGACGGUGGCCAGUACCGCAUCCACGUGGCCAGCCGGCCGGACAGCGGGCUGCACCGCGGCGAGUUCUGCGAGGCCUGCCAGGAAGGCAUCGUGCACUGGAAGCCCAGCGAGAAGCUGCUGGAGGAGGACGCCGCCUACACCGAUGCCUCCAAGAGGAAAGCCCAGGCCGGGUUUAUCUACAGCUUCUUCUCAUUUCGCUGGUGUCUGUUUUGGGGUGCCCUCUGCCUGGUUAUUGUCUAUCUGCAGUUCUUCCGAGGUCGCUCUGCCUUCCUUUAGGGGAACCGGUUAGGGGUGGGGAGAGGGGACAUGGGCUUGAGAGUGAGGAGGACUCUGGUCUCCUGAUUCUGCCACAAGUUCAAUCUACGACUCCAGUCAUCUGCACCCUGCUCACUCGUCUACCAAACAAGGAGUCUGCACUAGGAGAUGCCCAAUGGUCUCUCUACUAAUUCGGCAGCAA